AUGCUCCCGGCAUGGCCUGCGGCUCCCCACGCAGCAGCGCGGUGCUCAGGGAGCCAGGUCGCCAGCCUUACUCUCUGGGGGCCCCCACCCCGGCUCUGCUCCCCAGACGCCACCGGCCGUGUCUUGACUCUCAGCUCUUACGCUUCUCACUGGGCAGACGGGCAGGGUGUGGAGACGGAGGCUUGGCAGGGCCUGUCCCUACCAGUGGGCCCUCCGGUGGAAAAGCGGCUUCCCUCCAACAAAGGGAGGCAUCUCUCACUUGGAUUUGAUGACGAUGUUUGA